AUGGAAGGAUUUGAACAUGAGGAUGAGAAUUUUAAAAUGGAUGUACUGCUGGUCUGCGAGCACUGGGUCCGAUUUGGGAUGCAGGACGGAAACCCCCCGCUCCCCGCGACCGCCCUCAGGAAACCCCCCGCUCCCCGCGACCGCCCUCAGGAAACCCCCCGCUCCCCGCGACCGCCCUCAGGAAACCCCCCGCUCCCCGCGACCGCCCUCAGGAAACCCCCCGCUCCCCGCGACCGCCCUCAGGAAACCCCCCGCUCCCCGCGACCGCCCUCAGGAAACCCCCCGCUCCCCGCGACCGCCCUCAGGAAACCCCCCGCUCCCCGCGACCGCCCUCAGGAAACCCCCCGCUCCCCGCGACCGCCCUCAGGAAACCCCCCGCUCCCCGCGACCGCCCUCAGGAAACCCCCCGCUCCCCGCGACCGCCCUCAGGAAACCCCCCGCUCCCCGCGACCGCCCUCAGGAAACCCCCCGCUCCCCGCGACCGCCCUCAGGAAACCCCCCGCUCCCCGCGACCGCCCUCAGGAAACCCCCCGCUCCCCGCGACCGCCCUCAGGAAACCCCCCGCUCCCCGCGACCGCCCUCAGGAAACCCCCCGCUCCCCGCGACCGCCCUCAGGAAACCCCCCGCUCCCCGCGACCGCCCUCAGGAAACCCCCCGCUCCCCGCGACCGCCCUCAGGAAACCCCCCGCUCCCCGCGACCGCCCUCAGGAAACCCCCCGCUCCCCGCGACCGCCCUCAGGAAACCCCCCGCUCCCCGCGACCGCCCUCAGGAAACCCCCCGCUCCCCGCGACCGCCCUCAGGAAACCCCCCGCUCCCCGCGACCGCCCUCAGGAAACCCCCCGCUCCCCGCGACCGCCCUCAGGAAACCCCCCGCUCCCCGCGACCGCCCUCAGGAAACCCCCCGCUCCCCGCGACCGCCCUCAGGAAACCCCCCGCUCCCCGCGACCGCCCUCAGGAAACCCCCCGCUCCCCGCGACCGCCCUCAGGAAACCCCCCGCUCCCCGCGACCGCCCUCAGGAAACCCCCCGCUCCCCGCGACCGCCCUCAGGAAACCCCCCGCUCCCCGCGACCGCCCUCAGGAAACCCCCCGCUCCCCGCGACCGCCCUCAGGAAACCCCCCGCUCCCCGCGACCGCCCUCAGGAAACCCCCCGCUCCCCGCGACCGCCCUCAGGAAACCCCCCGCUCCCCGCGACCGCCCUCAGGAAACCCCCCGCUCCCCGCGACCGCCCUCAGGAAACCCCCCGCUCCCCGCGACCGCCCUCAGGAAACCCCCCGCUCCCCGCGACCGCCCUCAGGAAACCCCCCGCUCCCCGCGACCGCCCUCAGGAAACCCCCCGCUCCCCGCGACCGCCCUCAGGAAACCCCCCGCUCCCCGCGACCGCCCUCAGGAAACCCCCCGCUCCCCGCGACCGCCCUCAGGAAACCCCCCGCUCCCCGCGACCGCCCUCAGGAAACCCCCCGCUCCCCGCGACCGCCCUCAGGAAACCCCCCGCUCCCCGCGACCGCCCUCAGGAAACCCCCCGCUCCCCGCGACCGCCCUCAGGAAACCCCCCGCUCCCCGCGACCGCCCUCAGGAAACCCCCCGCUCCCCGCGACCGCCCUCAGGAAACCCCCCGCUCCCCGCGACCGCCCUCAGGAAACCCCCCGCUCCCCGCGACCGCCCUCAGGAAACCCCCCGCUCCCCGCGACCGCCCUCAGGAAACCCCCCGCUCCCCGCGACCGCCCUCAGGAAACCCCCCGCUCCCCGCGACCGCCCUCAGGAAACCCCCCGCUCCCCGCGACCGCCCUCAGGAAACCCCCCGCUCCCCGCGACCGCCCUCAGGAAACCCCCCGCUCCCCGCGACCGCCCUCAGGAAACCCCCCGCUCCCCGCGACCGCCCUCAGGAAACCCCUCAGCCCCCGCGACCGCCCUCAGGAAACCCCUCACUCCCUGCGACCGCCCUCAGGAAACCCCUCAGCCCCUGCGACCGCCCUCAGGAAACCCCUCAGCCCCUGCGACCGCCCUCAGGAAACCCCUCAGCAUCUGCGACCGCCCUCAGGAAACCCCUCAGCCCCACCCCCUGCCUCAGGAAACCCCUCAGCCCCACCCCCUGCCUCAGGAAACCCCUCACUCCCCGUGACUGCCCUCAGGAAACCCCUCAGCCCCCGCGACCGCCCUCAGGAAACCCCUCACUCCCAGCGACCGCCCUCAUGA